UUUACGAGGUGUCCGCGUAACGCUGCAGCUUUGACGCGCAGCUGAGGCUCACGCGAAGAGAGACAUUCUAGGUUGUGCACAGCACGCGACAAUGGAUGGAUUCCUGCAGGAGGCGGGUGCGAUGGACGUGCAGGCAGGAAAAGGCGACAUUCACCAUAGGGUGUUCAUCAACAAGAGUGUUAAUCUGGGGAACAUUAAGUGUUAUGGCUUCGAUAUGGACUACACUCUAGCCAUAUACAAGUCACCUGAAUAUGAGAGCUUGGGCUUCGAGAUGCUCAGGGACCGGCUGGUCUCCAUUGGCUACCCGCACGAGUUGCUGCGCUACACCUACGACUCCACAUUCCCUACGCGUGGCCUGGUGUAUGACACAGCCUAUGGGAACCUGCUGAAGGUAGAUUCGCACGGGAAUGUGCUGGUAUGCACGCACGGUUUCACCUACCUCAGAGGGGAAGAGGUCCAUCAGUACUACCCCAACCAGUUCAUCCAGAGAGAUGACACCGAGAGAUUCUACAUCCUCAACACACUCUUUAACCUCUCAGAGACCUACCUUUACGCCUGCCUCGUGGAUUUCUUCACCGACUGCUCCAGAUACCAAAACUACCAGUUGGGCUUUAAGCAUGGUGACCUUUUCAUGUCAUUCAAAAGUAUGUUUCAGGAUGUGCGAGAUGCCAUGAAUUUUCUUCAUGAUACAGGCAGCCUGAAGGAGAGAACUCUAAAGAACCUGGACAAAUACGUGAUCAGGGAUCCUCGGAUUCCCUUGUUUCUUGAACGCAUAAAGGAAGUCGCAAAAGUGUUUCUGGCCACCAACAGCAACUACAACUAUACGGAGGCCAUUUUGAAAUACUUGUUAGAUGCGCCACCUGAUUCAAAGAGCCCUAGAAAAUCGUGGCGCUCCUUUUUCGACCUGGUGGUGGUGGACACGCAGAAGCCUCUGUUUUUCGGCGAGGGGACAGUGCUGAGACAGGUGGACAUGGACACAGGCAAGCUGCGAAUAGGAACCUACACAGGACACCUGCAUCAUGGGACGGUCUACUCAGGAGGAUCAUCUGACAUCAUAUGCGACUUGCUGGACGUGAAGGGGAAAGAGAUUCUCUAUGUGGGAGACCAUAUUUUUGGCGACAUUCUCAAGUCCAAGAAGCGUCAGGGCUGGAAGACCUUCCUCGUCGUACCUGAACUAGCCAAUGAGCUACGAGUGUGGACCGACAACUCCAUUAUGUUUGAGGAGCUGAGGCAGCUUGAUAUAAAACUCGCUGAACUGCAUAAGCAAACAGACAGUGGCUGUUCAGAUCAUUCAGACAUUGGUUUCAUCAAGUCCAAGAUCAAGAAAAUAACAUACACUAUGGAGUUGGGUUAUGGGAAGAUGGGGAGCCUCCUUCGCUAUGGUUCCAUUAAAACUCUCUUUGCCAGCCAGCUGCUGCGCUAUGCUGACCUGUACGCUGUGUCCUGUCUCAGCCUCCUCCAGUACCCUAGCACUCACCUCUUCAGAGCCCCCAAUGUCCUGAUGCCCCAUGAGUCUGCUGUGACCUCUCUGACUAAGGAUCUUCCCCUGCCAGACCUCUCAGCCAAUCAUAUCAUCAGGAGCACAACCAUCAAACCAGUCACAGUGGGACAUGUUCAGUGCUCGUUAGCCCAACACUAAUGUAACUGCAGGAUUUAUGAUAGUUUGAGAAAGAAUAGACCUCAUACUCAAUCUGUGAGAAAGUGUUACAGAUUCCGGCUCCAUACGUGUUGUUUCCCGAUGCUCUCUGAAGUCUGAACACAACACUGUGCUGGCUGAGUUUCACUUUCAUUCAUUUGUUAUUUUUAAAUUCCUGUGUUCAGGCUGUCUUAGUGCGUGGGAUAUGUGUAGACUGGAGAACUGUUGACAGAACAACACAGGUAUUAAGAUGGAGACAUGAGUGUGUGUGUUUUCCGUUACAUGCGCCUGUAAAUGUAAGCUUUUUCAGUCGACUUUAUUCACUGCUCAGGUCAGGGAACCCAGGCCAGAUUUUGCUACCUCCACUUUUCCAUACUUUAUAGAACUCUUCACCCAAAGAAAACUAAUGUGAAUAGCACUGAGUGCUUCCUGGUGGCAUUCAGCACCAAUUUGUCUGUAUGAUGGUUGCUAGUGCGUUUCUAUGAUGAUUAUCUGCACAACUAAUCAACUGUUCGUUUAACUACUUUAAGUAAUGUAUACAAGCAGCCCAUAAUCUGGAGUUUGAAUCUUUUAAUCCAUUGCUGAGCAAUUGUAAAACAGACAGUUUAGAAGUCCAGUAAAUGAGUUAUUUUUAAAAAUGUUACAAUGGUUACAGUAUUAUAGCGUAGUAGUGUCUACAACCGUCAGUAACACAGAUUCAAACCCACCUAACUCAUAAAAGUAUUAAAGCAACGUCAAGGAUUUAACAUGAACUGGGGAGCUCUGCUGAGACAGUGACCUGGUAGUUUAUGGGAAUGUUAGUGUGGCUCUCUUCCUAGUUCUUCAUUAAGACUACAGUCCUUGACACCCAGUCA